CCCAGGCACACACACACACCGAUUGCACAUCGCGCGCGCGUAAUGGAUUUCCCAAGGAGUGUUUCUUAUGUUUUUGGGGCAGCGGGAGCUGCAGCAGCAGCGGUCCUCCCUCGUUCCCUUUCCAUCACCACUUGAUGCUCGUGACCUUGGUCUGCAGACGUCGCUAGAAUUAUUUGGCAACGCAUCCAUGUGCUCGGGCCUGAUCCGUUUCUUACCAAAGUAUAGGCUACUUUAGAUCUAUUUUUUUACGCUCUCGCACCAUCAUCAUCCUCACCAUGGCUUCAUCGGACGGGAUGGAGGAAGAUUGCGUGCUGCAGCGGGGGAGAUCUCAAAGUGACCCGAGCAACAUCACUGAGGUGCGCUUGGGGGAACACAGAUCAGACGUGAUGGACCAGCAGAGGGCGCUGCACCCCGGCUGCAUGGUGACCGGGGUGCGCACGCCUCCCGUGCGCCGCAGCAGCAAGCUCGCUAGCCUGGGGCGCAUCUUCAAACCCUGGAAGUGGAGGAAAAAGAAAGGGGAGAAGCUGAAGCCCUCGACGGCGCUGGAGAAGAGAGCAGCUUCGCGUCAGAGCAGAGAGGAGCUGGCCAGGGGAGGCCAGGGGGAGGCCGACACAGAGUCGGACGUGGCGUGCGGGGGGGCGGGCGAGGACCUGGACACGCCCACCCAGUCGGACGGGGAGGAGGUGGGGGAGGAGCCACUGGCCCCGCUGGCCUCGACCUCGGAGGACAUGGGCAGCGACCUGGAGCCCAGCGCCGAUCUGACGGGGGACUCGAAGAUGACGGGGGACCACAGCGCGAGCGAGGAGGAGGACCUCCCGUCUGUGAGUGACGCUUCCGGGGUCCCGCCCACGCUGAAGGGGGGGGAGGCCCCAGAGGUGAAGAAGGAGAGCCCAGCGGUGGUCCCCCCACAGAGACGAGCCAGCACCCCUCCUCCCCCCACCUUGACUGUGAAGCUACUCACCCGGCUGGGCAGUCUGGAGGGUCCUCAUCCGUUGAAGCCGGUGAAGAAGUCCCCGGCCACCCUGCCGAGGAACUUCACCCUCCCGAAGGACCCCCAGGGCUCCCUGCUGCGUAACCGCAUCUCUACCCCCAGCGGGUCCCCCCACCUGGGCAUGCUCCACGCGCAGCUGCCCCCUAGCUGCAUCAUAGAGGAACUGCACCGCGCGCUGGCCACCAAACACAGACAGGACAGCUUCCAGGGUAAGGAGGUGCGCUGCUCCCCGAAGCGCCGUCUGGACGUCCGUCUGUCCCGCGCGGCCAGCGUGGAGAAGGAGCCGGCCGGAGAGACGGACGGCAAGAAGGAGUCGGACGAGAACAAGGAGAACCGACGGCUGGACGAAUGCUACGGUGACCAGGAGGGCUGGAACCAGUCCGUCAUCUCUGGCACCCUCCCGCGCCGCAUGAGGAAGGAGCUGCUGGCGGUGAAGCUGAGGAACCGGCCCAGCCAGCAGGAGCUCCAGGACCGCAACAUCUUCCCGGUGCGCAGCGACCUGGAGCGGCAGGAGUUCAGGCAGCAGAUAGAGCUGAAGCUGGCCAAGAGAUUGAGCCAGAGGCCAGCGGUGGAGGAACUUGAGAGUCGAAAUAUUUUAAAACAAAAGAACGACCAGAGUGAACAGGAGGAGAGGAGAGAGAUCAAACAACGGCUCAACAGAAAGCUGAACCAGCGACCCACUGUGGACGAGCUGCGCGACAGGAAGAUCCUGAUCCGCUUCAGCGACUACGUGGAGGUGGCCAAAGCCCAGGACUACGACAGGAGGGCCGACAAACCCUGGACCCGCCUCUCCGCCUCCGACAAGGCAGCAAUACGGAAAGAACUGAACGAGUUCAAGAGCAACGAGAUGGAAGUCCAUACCUCAAGCAAGCACCUGACCAGGUUCCACCGGCCUUAGCCAGGUCUCUUCUGUGAAGAGUUGCUGGUUCUUGGUUCUGUUCAGUUGCGACCUUGCAUGGAGUCUUCCACGGGCCCCGCCGGCCCUCAGCCAGGGGCCCUCCUGAUGUUCGGGUGCAAUGCACCUUGGAGGCUAUGUCUCUCUAGUGAGUUGGAGCAGCUCCCGCUGUGCUGGUGGUGGAGGGGGUGGUGGGGGGGGUCGGAGAGACAGAGGUACACGGGGGGGCCCCACACCUGCUCAGAGGAAAACCAUCUCCCUCCCCUUUCAGUUGACAUUGUCCAUCCAUGGAGGAGAGGAAGAGGAGGAGGAGGAAGAGUAGGAAACAGAGACAAUUUCAAAGAGAAGGAAAGCAGGAAUUGGAAAGGGACGAGGAGGAAAAGAGAACACGAAAAGAGAGAAUAAAAAGAUAAAGAGCAAAUGAAAAGAAGGAGGAAGAAAAAGGAUGAAAAGAGUGAAAAGAUACGAGAAAAUGAAAUCAAGGUCAUUAUUUUCUGCCAUGGAAGAACAGUUGUUUUGUUAUUUAAAGCUGCAGACUCUAAAGAGGCCGUCGAACGCGGGGGGGGAGAACGUGCAUGUGAGUCUACGUCACCGUCCCUCAGAGCCCACAGGCCACGUCGGGAGUUGUGUUAUUUCAGUCCCAACGCCAUCGGAUUCUGUUUUCAUAUCGCCAGUGUAAAUGUUUUUUCUUGAAUGGAAACCUUGUCUGUGAACAAGAUUAAAAAAAUCCCUUUGUAAGAUCUAUUUAUUGUCUGCACAAUACAGGUUUUGAAUUUGUAACAAA